AUGGUAGAACCAUUUAUGGAGAUGACAAAGAAGGGUGUGGGAUUCGUCUGGAAUAAGAAAAUGAAGCAAGCCUUUCAAGAAAUCAAGGAUAGAUUCACUAGGGAACCUAUAUUGUAUAAUUAUCAUAACAAUCGGGAGAGCAUCAUCGAGACAAACGCUUCCGAUACCUGCAAAGAUAAUGCAAGAGCAAACGCACUGAGUAGGCCACCAGGUUACGAGGAUGAUAAGACCUACUAG